UGUCCGUGUGUGUCCGUCCGGGAGCGUCGGGGUGUGUCCGCCCGGGGUCCCGGGGUCCCGGGCGAGGAUGUCGGGCUUCCUGGUGGAGCUGCUCGGGGAGAAGCUGGUGGGGGGCGGCGGCGGCGGCGGCGCGGGCGGCGCGGGCGGCGCGGAGGAGGUGGACGUGCGGUCGCUGUGCGGGCGCGGGCUGUCCCUGCUCGGCCUCUACUUCGGCUGCAGCCUCAGCGCCCCCUGCGCCCAGCUCAGCCCCAGCCUGGCCGCCUUCUACGGGCGGCUCAGCGCCCAACGGCGCCCGGGGGACCGGACCGGACCGGGGGACGGAACGGACGGCGGAGCGGAGGGGGCCACCGCCUCCGGGGGGGCCUCCGCCGAGCCCCCGCGCCGCCUGGAGAUCGUCUUCGUCUCCUCGGACCAGGACCAGCAGCAGUGGCAGGACUUCGUCAGGGACAUGCCCUGGCUGGCGCUGCCCUACAAGGAGAAGCACCGGAAGCUGAAACUCUGGAACAAAUACCGAAUUUCCAACAUUCCGUCGCUGAUAUUUCUAGACGCCAGCACGGGGAAAGUUGUGUGCCGGAAUGGGCUCCUGGUGAUCCGAGAUGACCCAGAAGGGUUGGAAUUCCCCUGGGGGCCUAAGCCCUUCAGUGAAGUGAUCGCUGGGCCUCUGCUCCGGAACACCGGCCAGUCACUGGACAGCAGCACCCUGGAGGGCUCCCAUGUGGGCGUCUACUUUUCUGCUCAUUGGUGCCCACCCUGCCGCAGCCUCACCCGGGUCCUGGUGGAGUCUUACCGGAAAAUCAAGGAGUCAGGCCAGAAGUUUGAGAUCAUCUUCGUUAGCGCGGACAGGUCAGAGGACUCGUUCAAGCAGUACUUCAGUGAGAUGGACUGGCUCGCCGUCCCCUACACCGACGAGGGUCGGAGGUCACGCCUCAACCGGCUCUACGGAAUACAAGGCAUCCCGACCCUCAUCGUGCUGGACCCGAGCGGUGAGGUGAUCACGCGGCAGGGGCGGGUGGAGGUGCUGAACGACGUGGACUGCCGCGAAUUCCCCUGGCAUCCCAAGCCCGUGCUGGAGCUGUCCGACUCCAACGCCGUCCAACUGAACGAGGGCCCCUGCCUCGUCCUCUUCGUGGAUUCUGAGGAUGACGGGGAGUCAGAUGCUGCCAAGCAGCUCAUCCGGCCAAUAGCAGAAAAGAUCAUCGCCAAGUACAAAGCCAAAGAGGAGGAGGCCCCGCUGCUGUUCUUCGUGGCCGGGGAGGACGACAUGACGGACUCCCUGCGUGACUACACCAACCUUCCCGAGGCCGCCCCGCUGCUCACCAUCCUGGACAUGUCCGCCCGGGCCAAGUACGUGAUGGACGUAGAGGAAAUCACCCCUGCCAUCGUGGAGGCCUUCGUGAAUGACUUUCUAGCAGAAAAGCUAAAGCCCGAGCCCAUCUAGCGGGAGCCGGACCGCAGCGGACCUUAUUUAAAACUCAGCCUCCUCCUCUUCCUCUUCUCUCUCUUCCCCUCCUCCUCUCCCUCCCCUUCCUCCUCCUCACUCCUGGAUUUCUUCGCCACGUCCCGACGUCCGGCCUCCCCGUGGUGCCUUUUUUCCGCGCUAGAGCCUCAUCCGCCGGUCCCUCAGCGGACACUUGUGGUGGCACCGCAGCGGCAGAGUCGGCCAGCUGGGGAGACUUUGCUUGUGCUUCGCGGCAGUUAUAUAUUCGCCAGUCAGAACCGGGACCGAAUGGCCAUGCCUUAGAAGCCGCUUUCUCGAAUGGAGUCUGUGCCAGGGUGUUCUUCCCCGGCAGCCGCGGCACCCAGCAGGUAUUGGGUCGCUGUCUGUCUCUCAGCCUCCGGCCCCGACUCCUCCGGCUCUGCAGUCACCCAUCACUCGAGCCAACUGGAAAGCAUUUCACCUCGGCCGGGGAGGAGACGGUCGGCCUGCCGCCCGACCCGUCAUCUCCCUGGCUGAGCCACGGUGGCAGCGGGACCGUCUUUCCUCGGUGACCUCAGUCUUCCUGCGCCUGAAGAGACGGCUUCGUUAUGUGACUGUGUGAGAACUCGGGGCGAAUCUUCCCUUCCAGAGGAGCCUGGUGUUACCUUGGUGAUAGAAAGGAGCUGAGAGAAGCGGGGGAUUUGAGGGAGCUCAGAUUGUCGGCUCUUGCCCUUCCCGUUGGGGACACACACACACUCACACUCCCCCCUCCCACCACCACCUCCACCCCAGUCCUCUUCGCCCCCCGGGCAGUACUUCAGUCGCCGGAGGGUUUCUCCCCUGGAAAGUCCUUGAGGAGACCGGCCCGGUCCUGCCAUUGGUGGGGCGUCUCCAAGGUGGGUCCAUUCCCUGGAACCAGGGAGGUGUGAUGGACAGGGAGAAAGCCAUCUCCCAGGGCUCUGCUGGGGCCUCACCAGCCCGGAAGAUCCGGGACUUGUCUGGCCCUUGGCUCCAGCCCUUGGAAUGUAAGAGACUAGGAGGCACGUGAGCCUCGGGGACACUCGAGUGGUGCUUGAAGCGGCCUAGAAACCCUCCUCCUUCUCCCCAUCCUUCUCCCAUCCUUCUCCCAUCUCUCCCCUGCCAGAGCAGGGAGACACCCUGUGCCAGCCGAGUCAAAAGCCGUGACCGCAGAUGGGGAGAGAGGACCAGGAGCCCGCUGAGCCUAAGCCAGGGUCAGCCUGGAGUCUUGAGGCCACCUGUCCUGGGUACAGUCCUUUGGGAAAGAGCACCCCUUACCCCCCACCCAAUCCAUGGCCCGUGAUGGGGCCUUGGGGCAGGGGUGGGAGGAGAGUGGGGAUUGCUCAGCAAGGCCUCUGAAAGCGAUUUUUACGUUGACGUGUGGGGAUCCGGCCUCCCAGAGAGGCCGUGGACUCCACCUGACUUCCAGGGGCCGGCUUUAUCGGACAGAACCUAGCAGGGAGGGGCUUGGUCGCCAGCUGGACCAGCCUAUCAUGGACAGACCUGAGAUUCAGUCUUCCUCUGUGGAAAUAAAGCAGGCCAGUGGGUCUUUUGGCCUUUUGCUCUGGUACAGAGCCUUCCUGACUUCCUGUUGCCCCAGAAUGCUUACCAGGCUCCUCCACCUCUGCCACCCCCAUCACUGCACAGGCCUUGCCUCUUCUGGGCCCCAGGGGACCCCCCAGGAGAGGUCCCAGAGUCCAUAGCCCCUUUGGGGGUUUGAGCCCCGGGGGAGAAUAGAGUUGGAGAUUCCUUUGAGAGCCUCACUGCGGCUUCCAGGCGCUGGGUUUUGAUGGGAGUUCGGUUUAGGUGGCCGCCUCGUGCCUGGUCUCUUCCAGCCGGGAUCUAUGCUUGACCGUGGUGGGCAGUGCCGGGGGGAAACCGAGGCCAGCAGUGAUGACGAAGGCAGACCACGGGGACUACUGAAAAGCCAUUAUUGGAAAGGAUUUCCCGGAGCUCAGCAGAGCUGAGAAUUCAGUGGGUGCAGUGAGAGUUGACCCAGGUUGGAGCCGUCCCGAUUUCCUCCUGGAAGGGGAGAGGGGCUGGGCCUUCUGCCUCUUGGGCUGUUGGGCCUCCUGGGCAGAGAGAGGCAGCAACUGGAGCCCCCAGAACCCCCGGGGGGGGGGAACCAGAAGAGAAGGGCUGGAGAAACCAGUUCAUCUCCAAGGCCCUGGCCCUGCCCAUGCUUUUCCCGAGCCCUGCACUGCCUGCGGCAGGAUUCUUGCCCCAGGGAUGCCCUGUUUCAGGAGAAGCGGGGGCCGGCCCCUGCCCGGCUCUGACUGCCCAUCCUGGCGCCGCAACCCUCCAGAAAUCCCCUCCAGAGGCAACGUUUGACUUCGGGAGGGGCGGAUACAGUUUCCCUCCGAACCGGAGGAAGAGAGGCCCAGUCCCUCCCAGCUGCGGCCAGGAUCCAAGCACAAUUGAGGCAAACAAGGUGGGUGGCGGGGAGGAAGUCCCCCCCCUGGGCCCAGGGCUCCCCUGACAUUCUUGUCGCUAAUUGGAAGCAGGUCAGCACGCCAGCUGAAACGUAUUUAACGGCUCCCACCGGCAGCCCGCCAGAGAUCCUGUAACCUGCAGUUCCAGUGAGGAAGGGGACCGUAAAACCCCCCCUGCCCCCAGCGGGCCGGCCACUUUGCUCCACAAUGACUUCCAGAUCCGCUUCCACUUAGAAAAGAGAGUUUUCCCACCAGUCAUCCUCAAUAAGCGUCCGCUCGGAGGGACGGGGCGGGGGGAAGGAGGGAGAAUCGAGAGGGGCCGAGACCCGGACCGCGUCGGCCGGCAGUGGCGCCGGGGGAGCUGGUGCCGCCUUUCGCCGAAUCGCUUUCUGGCUCUGACCGCUCUCGGCGCGGGGAAGACUUAGUUCGGACCCAGGCGUUAUUUUUUCCUGUUGUCUAAUUAAAGACUGAAAAAGCCUUUCUU